UUUAUAGAAAACCUAAUCAAUUCUACUUAUAAUGUCUGACACCACCGGAAAAACCAUCACAUGUAAGGCCGCUGUUGCCUGGGAAGCAGGUAAGCCAUUGUCUAUCGAAGACAUUGAGGUUCUCCCACCUCGUGCCCAUGAAGUACGUAUCAAGAUUCUUCACACCGGUGUUUGUCACACUGAUGCCUACACCUUGAGUGGUGUUGAUCCUGAAGGUGCCUUCCCAGUGGUUUUGGGUCAUGAAGGUGCUGGUAUUGUUGAAUCUGUCGGUGAAGGUGUCACCAACGUCAAGGUUGGUGACCACGUUGUUGCCCUCUACACCCCAGAAUGUGGCGAAUGUAAGUUCUGUAAGUCUGGUAAGACCAACUUGUGUGGUAAGAUCAGAGCCACCCAGGGUAAGGGUGUCAUGCCAGACGGUACUUCUCGUUUCAAGGCCAAGGGUAAGGACUUGUUGCACUUUAUGGGAUGUUCCACCUUCUCUCAAUACACUGUUGUUGCUGACAUUUCUGUUGUUGCCGUCAACCCAGAAGCCAAGCCAGAUAGAACUUGUUUGUUGGGUUGUGGUAUCACCACCGGUUACGGUGCUGCCACCAUCACCGCCAACGUGCAAAAGGGUGACAACGUUGCCGUCUUUGGUGCUGGUUGUGUUGGUUUGUCUGUAGUUCAAGGUGCCCUUGAAAGAAAGGCUGCCAAGAUCAUUGUCAUUGAUAUCAAUGAUAAGAAGGAAGAAUGGGCCACCAAGUUUGGUGCCACCGACUUUGUCAACCCUACCAAGCUUCCUAAGGGUACCACCAUUGUCGACAAGUUGAUUGAAAUGACCGACGGUGGUUGUGACUACACUUUUGACUGUACUGGUAACGUCAAUGUUAUGAGAGAUGCCUUGGAAGCAUGUCACAAGGGUUGGGGUACCUCCAUUGUCAUUGGUGUUGCUGCCGCCGGUAAGGAGAUCUCCACCAGACCAUUCCAAUUGGUUACCGGUAGAGUGUGGAAGGGUGCCGCCUUUGGUGGUGUCAAGGGUAGAUCCCAACUUCCAGGCAUUGUUGACGACUACAUGGAAGGUAAGUUGAAGGUUGAUGACUUCAUCACCCACAGACACCCAUUGGAGGGCAUCAACAAGGCCUUUGACGAUAUGCAUGCUGGUGACUGUAUCAGAGCUGUCAUUGACUUGUGA